CGAAAUAUAAACAAUUGCAAUAAAUUGAAUAAAAAACUAAAACAAUAAUAAACAACAAACUACGUAAUAGCAAAAUCAACGUUUGCCACAAUGAAUGCCUACUAUACGCUUUACUCAGGCGACAAUGAUGACGAGUCAAUUGGCGAUGAACGCAGCGAAGAAGAUACAGACGAUGCAAGCGAAACGGAAUUUCCCAGUCCGCAUCGCUAUGGCGGCACCAAUGGCAAUUCCUCCUCUAACAACAACAAUAGCAACAAUGGCAGCAGCAACAACAACAAUAGUAGCAGCAACAACAACAACAAUAAUAAUAAUAAUAAUUUUAUGAUGAACAGCAAUAAUAACAUUGGCAGCAAUAGCGAGCUGAAAGAACAAAUGUAUCAACACAAGCUAAUUAGUCUUCACAAGCAGCUUGACGAGCUGAAUCAACAUUUACAUCCCGAGUAUGUGAAGCGCUUGCGUAAGCUAGAUAAUCAGCUAAAGGAACGUCGACGUCUUAACGAGAUAUACAAGGAGUAUAUGCGUGAAUGCGUUGAUCGUGACUAUAUACUGGAGAAGAAUGCGGCGCAAAAGGAAUACGAUGAGAAAAUGAUGGAUCUCAAAGAUAAUCUUAUAGCUGACUUCGAGGAUCGUAAGCGACAGAUCGAGAAUGAGAGGUAUAGCUUGGAGUUAACCAAUGAUUCGAUGGAAAUUAAGACAACGGUCACGCGAAAGCUGCGACGGCGGCCCAAUGAGCCGCUGCCGGUGAUUGAGAAGCGUCGCAAACCGGCAACAGGCCAACUGUUGGUCUAUCAACUAGAUGAUAAGGAAAUCGAAUCAGAUUUGAAGAUGAUACAGCGUGGCAAACCGAUGCCGCUGCAACAGAACGGCAUGGGCUCCUACACAAACACCCAACAGCAGCAACAAUCACAGCAGCAACAGCAACAUCAGCAGCAGCAUCAACAGCAACAAUCGUCGCAUGGAAUGAUCUCGGAUGCGAACAGCUAUGUGGAGACACGUAUCGAGGAUAACAAGCUGCUCUACGAACGUCGCUGGUUCUGCCGCGGCCAGCAGAUCUAUGUCGAGGGCAAGGAUACAAACAAAUUUGCCGCCACCAUCACGGCUAUUGGCAACGAGGUGAUCUGGGUCAAACGAUCCAAUGAGAGCAAAUUCAAGAUCAACAUGUCGCAUCUGGCCAAGGGAAAAAUCAUCAUCAAGCGUCGAUAGCCCAAGAAGAAAAAACAAGUUAAAUAAUAAUCCAAUUUUAAGUGUACAUUUAAACCAAGUA